AUCCGUUCUUUGCAGUGAUCAAAUGCGAGAUGUGCAUCAAUCCGGCUACCAAUUUUGUAGCCGGCCUCUGCCAGCGUUGCGAGAAAAUUUGGGCCAAGCGUCCGCAGUACAUGCCGCUUACCAACCAUCGCAUAAUGGCUGCCAUGGUUGCCAGUGUGCGCCAGCCGGAUGCCCCCAUGGAUCCCACCUUCCAGACGGCCAUGUUGAGUGCAAGGAUGAAGAAGGCCCAGAAGAUCGCGCUCUUCCACAAGAUUCGUGCGCAGUUCACCAACAGCGUGCUCGUCGACACUGACUCCAAAAUGGCAGUGCCCUUUAAAACUGAGGACAACUAUUGGGAUAUUCCCGAAAUCAUGGAUGAAGACGUUGUGGCUUUUCAGCGCAAUGUCGAUCUCCUGGCUGACAUGGUGCCAGACAGAACUCGUUCGAACAAGGACAAAGAUGCCACAGACAAGGAGAAAGAUACCACAGACAAGGACAAAGAUGCCGAAGACAAGGACAAAGAUGCCAAAGACAAGGACGAAGAUGCCAAAGACAAGGACGAAGAUGCCACUGACGAGAAAGAAGACUCUGGAUUGCCCGAAUAACACGUGGUGGCCAAAUAUUCCAAAGAAAAUGUAAACCACAGUAUUAAAACAAUCA